UGACGAAGUUGGUUUGCUUAGUCACGCAGUAUCUGCAAUAAUUACAUAAUCCGCUUAUGUCAAUUUCUAGGUAGUGGACUUGGCAAGCGGUGAAAAUGGGCAAAACCGCUCAAUACAAUUGUAAAGCUGCAGAGCUUCGACCGAUCAGACCACCGAUUAUAACCCCCAUUAAACUAACUUCAAUUUGCGACGAGGGGCUCUCAACACUUGACACAUGGAGAUAUUAUAGUACCGGAACGACCAUAUACACAAUUUGUCAUAUCCUCCGACCUUUCCGACCCACGAACGGCCGAGAACCAACGAUCCAUGGCCGCAAUGGCAGCUCAACAACCUCCGAUAGCCUCCGGCGGCAGCAGUAGCACUACAAGAGAUAAUGGAGGGUUACCGAUGCCUUCGCGGAACCCUUUACCGCUGUCGGCAAGUCAGGAGGCGCAGGUUCGAGAGGUGUUCAAUGCGCGAGUGAGGCAGUUAUGCUCGGAUGAGAUCAAAGCCUUCGCAGACUGCGCGCGCAACCGCACGAUCACGAUCCCGUUCGCGUGCCGGGAGUCCUCGCGGCGGAUGAACGGGUGCAUGUUAGCGCACGCGACGCCCGAGGAACACGACCGCGCGCGCGAGCAAUGGUUCGCGCAGCGCCAGCAACGGGCGAAAGAGCGGGAAGUCAAGGAACGCAGGAAGUUGGAGCAGGAGGCUUUCCAUCGCGAGUGGUGGGGUUUGCCGGCGAAAGACCCCGAGGAUGUCAAGAGGGAGCUGGAGAAGUUGGGUAAGGCGGAGAGGAUUGGGGGGUUGAGUCCGAGGGAGAGGGAGGGGAGACGGUGA